CAUAAAACCCGCAUAGCCAUACAACUCAGUCUCGGUCCACGCAUCAAAAUGUCCAAAAAUACAAAAGACCUUGUCCUACCGCGCCCAGGGGCGACUUGCACGUCUCAGCCGCCAGUUGCGGGACCUACCGAGGCUGCGUUCGUCGAAACAUUCGGCGCUCUACUGCCAGCCGCUCAAUUCCUUCAGACUCCCCGCGGAAAGGCUGCUUAUUAUGAAAUCACCCCUUCAUCAUCCAUCGAUGGUCCAGCCGCAAUCGAUAGAGUGCUGUUCAUCCAUGGUGUUCAGACUCCGGCGCUAGGCAUGCUCCCCCUCGCCCGCGCUCUUCAGAAAUCGUUCCCGGCUGCGCAUAUGGUUUUGAUCGAUCUCUGGGGCCACGGACUGAGCGAUACACCUGUUGUUCCGCACGAGGCAUCACUAUUCCAUCAGCUGAUUGACGACCUACUGGAUCGCUUGAACUGGCCGUCUGUUCAUCUUGUCGGCUUCUCUUUCGGCGGUGCUACUACUGUCAGCUACGUUGUCUCCAGGCCCUCACGCGUCAAGAGCUUCACUCUUGUCGCGCCUGCUGGUCUUUUACAAUUAUCCAUGUUCACGUCCGAAGAGCAAGCUUGCCUUCAAGGAGACGACGGAGCUGCUGCAAAGAAAUGUGUCUUGAACAUUCUCGAAGGCGGUGACCUCGUCGUACCAGCAGAUUGGAAGCAAAGAGUCGCCAACGGUGAAGUCGUCGCUGAAGCAGUACGCGAGUGGCAGAUGCGCGAACAUCCUGGACAUACUGCCUCUGUCGUUGCGAUUUUCAGAGACGGUGGUGUUAUGGACUCGCAUGCUCACUUUGAUAAGGCGGCCAAGGUGGGAAUUCCAUCACUCGCUGUGCUUGGAGAGCUGGAUGACUUGUGCAGCAAGGAACAGCUCAAUGAGCACGGAUUUGAGAAUGUUUUCAUUGUUCCAAAGGCUGUGCAUAGUGUUGUGAGGGAUCAGGCUGAGCAUGUUGCUAGUCUCAUCGGUGAUUUCUGGAAGAAACUAGAGAAUUAAUAAACGAAAACAGAGGUAGUAGUUCGUCAGAAUGAAAUUGGAGCAUCUCUCUGUACUUCCAGGAUCCAUGGCACUUGCCUUCGCUAUUGAAAUCACUGUAUAAUUAGACAUCGUUGGAAUGCAUUACGUUGAGGCAGCACGAUAAUGGACUCCGGCGAAGUCAUGGAUCUAGAUCCCAAACUCAUGCCACUUUGAAG